GAAGAGCAAGAGAAGCAGACAGAAACCACACAUACCAUUUACAUGCUUUAUACCUAUCAACAAUGUCAUUUGAGUUUAAUUAGAUAAUUACGCAACUAAUUUAAUAGUCAUCAAGCAGGAGCAUUCAUAAUGAGUUCCGGCCUUAUUCUGGCAGGCCUAGGCUUGGCUGCCGUUGGUUAUGCUGGGCGUUUCAUCCUGAGGCAAGCCCCGCAAAUGUCCCAAAAAAUGGCAGAAGCAUUCAAGGCACUACCUAAACUAGACAGUGAGAGUUUUGCGAGCAGUAAAUAUUACAAAGGUGGGUUUGAUCAUAAAAUGACGAGACGAGAGGCGAGUCUCAUCCUGGGAGUGUCACCGACAGCUAGCAAAACAAAAAUAAAGGAAGCGCACAAGAGGGUGAUGCUCGCUAACCAUCCUGACAAAGGCGGCUCGCCCUACAUUGCUGCCAAGAUUAACGAAGCAAAAGAUCUUCUAGAUAAGGGAAAAUAGAUCAUCUUUGUAGUCUUAGUUCUGGUACUCAUGAUGAAACAUAAUGUUGAUUUAGGCUAGCUUACAAUCUAACCCCCAGUAAAUUAACGGUGUCUGUAAUAGGCCUAUAAUCAAUUGUAAAAAAUUUUGACCUUUACAAUAAACUUGUGUAGUUAUUUAAUUAGUGUUUAUCUACACUAUUGAAAUUAUUUACGUUUUUUAAGGAUCUUUCCAACCCCUGGUCUCAUUGCUUAAGUCCUUUUGUUAGAUGGAAUAUAAAUAAUUGGUUUUUUUUAAUGGUUGUUUUCAUAGAAAGAAAACAUUAAAACUGAAAAAUUAUUCGGUUGACUCCAUGACUUGAGGUUAGUUUUAAUCCACCUAUUAGCAGUAAUGCAAAAUUAUGAGUACCAGUAUUUAAUUGUAAAUAUCUAGUUGUUUGUACAGUUUCAAAUUACGCUUGUAAAUAAAUAUAUUUUCUCAAAGAAUA